CUGGUACCCAUGCGUGCUCUGACACCCAGCCCUCAAGCUCGCUAAAUAACGUAACUGUCCUCUGGUUGGAAUGCACAGCUUUUCUACACUCACUGUUCUAAUGGCAACCGGUCGCACCAAAUAAUAUAGACAGACACGACGAGAGCUCUGACCAGACAUAAAGAAAAAGGUUAACUGGGAAUAAAGAUGUUACGCUACUGUUAAAAAUCGACCCGGACUUGCUCGUUUCAUAGAAGAGUAGCACAGUCAACGGCAAGGCACUUUCUGUUGACAUCAAAAUCCUACCGAACACAGAACAGUAUUUUUCCAAUAUAUUUCCAAUUUUUUAUUUAGUUAUUAUUAUUUUAGUUCGGUCAGUGCUGGAUAAGUAUCAAAGUUCAGAAUGGGUUGUUCUACCAGCACUCAGACGCAAGAGAGCAACAGACCGGUUGUGAAACCCGAGGAAAAUAAUGGGGCAAAUAUAUGCGCCCCUCUGGAUGUGAAUAGCCCCAUUGCAGAUGAAAGCGAAAUGAUUCCUGACCAGUCUGUCCUAAAUCAGUUAAAAGAGACAGACACCCUGCCAGAGGAAAAUGUACCAACUGAAAGUACUCGCCCUCAGCAGACUGUACCUUUAGAAGACGUGCUGUCGGAUUGUACCCCUGCCGAUUCGGCCCAGGCAGCCACUGAAGAAACUGUAGAGCCUGCAACCGAGGUGGAAGAAGUAAUUCAAGAUGCCUCUGUGGAUAAUCCCCUAGAGGAUACUGCUGCAGUGCAACCCACACUCCUGGAGACAGUGGCAGAGGAAGUGGUGCCCAGAGUGGCAGAGGAAGUGGUGCCCAGAGUGGCAGAGGAAGUGGCACCCAGAGUAGCAGAGGAAGUGGCACCCAGAGUCACAGGGACAAUGGCAGAAGAGUCUCCAACCCCCCCUGAUACCUUGACAGAAGUGGCACUGGGCCCAUCUGACACAGAGGCUGAAAUGGCACCCAGCCUCCCAGAGGCUGCAACAGAAUUACAGGAAACUGCUGAAGGUAAACACAUUGAAGACGAGACAGGAGAAAAGGUGAAAGGUGAGACACAGCAGGAGGCAGCGAGCCAGGAGCCUGAAACAAAAGAGUGUGAAACAGGAGAGAUGCUGAAGGCCGCCGUGACAGAGUUAGUAACCAGCAGCAAGGAGGACUGAAGCAACACAAUGUGCAGCAGUACCAUUGUUGGACACAUGUCCAUGAAAAUGCAACCACACAGCUGACAGUCUGGAACUCGAAAUGCUGGGGGAGGGACUGCGCUGGUGAAGUCUACAAACAUAUUGAACCAAGUCGUUUCUAACUUGCCAGUUGCCAAGAUACAAAAUAAGCAAUUACUACAGGGAAAUGUAACUAUACCUGCCAGAGUGUGCCUUUUUCUGUAACUUCGGAGAAUUUCUAAUUUUGUAAAUACUUUUGUAUGCUGGUUGGAUAAUUCUUCAUAUUAUUAUUAAUGUUAUAAGUAGGAAGAGAGCGUGGCUUCUUUUAACUUGCUUGAGCUGGCAGGGAGCUUACAAUUCUCUAAGAGCUAUCAACAGUCCUGUCUACUCAGUGGAGGAGCACAGUUCAGUGUUUUACAUGCCAUGCAAUGGCCUUCACUACACUGUCUUUUUUUUUUUUUAUCUCAGUGGCGCAGUGAGAGGUCUCUCUGUGUCCUCAGGUUUUAUAUCUGCAUGUAGCUGUGCAUAUUUGGAGCCAAAUAAAUAAUAAUUAGAAUUUUUAAGUGGUGUUUUGAAAGAUGUAAUUACCAACAAGUGGCAUUACGCUACACAUGCGUUGAUGUUAUCGUAUUCCAAAUAUUCUCACAAGAAAAGAUUAUUAUUAUUAUAUUUUAUUUUAUUAUCAAUGUAAACAUAUUCAGGCCUGCAUUCUUAAAGGUUUGUUUUACUCCAAAUUGUCAGUAAAACAUGUAUUUUACAGGUGAAAAAACACCAUAAAUAAGUAAACUCAGGCAUUUAAUAUAACGGGUUGUAAACAUGGAUUGUUUAUUAUCACUUUAAGAAUUGUUUGAGGCUUAUUGAGGUUAUUUUAAAUAUACAUUUUAGAAAUGAUAAUGAUCAAUGUAUAUCAUUUUUUUUACCAGUGCAGUUUGACCCCCUUUUGCAUGGGAGAACAAUAAUGUUACGUUUUUAUAAAACCAGAAAGAAACAUUAAUUAAAUUAACAGUCUGAAUUAAAUUUACUGCAGCAAAUAAAAAUACUCGCAGGGAACACAGCCCAUUGUAGCUGAAGAACUGAGUGAAAAAAUUGACUAAAUUAACCUACAUCACUAUAGAAAGUAACAUAAUUCUCAGUCAUUGCUAAAAUAGUCCGUCGCUUAAACAGGAAAAGGCACCACAUUAAGCCCUUUCUUGAAAAGUUAAAUUAAAAUGAAUAUCUGAAAUGCAUCCUGCCUAACAUGAAGUCAAACAUAUUCAUGUUCAUUUCAAUCAAGUAUUUUAAACCUCAUUUUCCACUUAUUAGUGACCGAUCAUUAAACCAAUUGAUUCUACAGUAUACUUGACAUGAGUACUGUGGUGCCGAACUACAAAAAAGGUUCCUUUCCUGUAACUCUUAACCUUUGCAUAUGGAUAUGGAAUAAACUAAUUUAAAGGAAAGGGGAUUCUUCCUUACAGCUACACCCUGACACUACUGGUAAGCUCUAUGCUUUUUUUAAAUCUUUAUUGGUCACUAAUUACUUUAAAAUACCAUUGCAUGAAAGAAACAUGAAUACACAGGACUUCUGGUCAUCAAAAUUACUUUUACUAGCAAUACAUGCAGUAACCAAUAGAACUAACUGUGGUCUUUUCUGUGCAUUUGCAGGACUGUGCUGGUACACAUACUCUGCAGCCAUGCAGUGUAGCUUAUUAGCAAUAAUAUAUCCGGCACUGUAAUUCUGAAUUACACAGGCUUGAUGUGUUGGAAAUGGGAUGCUGUAGUUUAACAAAUGAUAUAUUUCAUUCUACUAGGCAAGUCAUUAAUAUAAGUGUAUUAACAAUGCCUUAUUAGGGUAGAGGGUGGGCUAACGUGGUUUGCUUUAUUAACAUGUAGAUUUAAAACUAACUGUAUACAACUUUUUCUACACAGUAUGGAUUGGUAUUGGUAUGGAAUCGUGUUUGAAAAGCAUAUUUAUGGAACUAUCUGCUGUUGCCUUGUUAAUUUUAACACUAUGCAUACGACUGUAUAUAUUUACUUUUGAAACUUUCAUUGUACAUUUGAAAAAAAAAAAAAAUUAAAUGCUAAUAUUUUACGAAGUGCAUUAUGCUUCACUGUACACCAUCUGUCAUGCAAAUUGGUAAAUACUGCACUUCAUAUUUGCAGCCAACGUUUGUUGACAUAUGGUAAUGGCGUGUUUGUAGAUAUUAAACAGGAACCGAUAUAAAUGUCAUGUGUAAAUAUUGUCAAAUAAAGAUGCUAAAUGCUGCCUGUGUGGUUUGCAGACAGCAGUGAAUAUUAAAGAAGCAACACUGAAGGGCUUUAUAAGAAACAAGCAUGCCUUCACUAGAUCCUACAACUGGGAUAUGAAUCAGGAUGUGGAUCCCUAGAGGGGGGAUAAUAAAGGUACAGACAUAUAUUUAAGUUUAUUUUUAGGAGCAAAAUACAGUUUUAUAUCCAUGAAACUGUUCUAGACUUCUAUAACAGUCCCAAGAAUAGUGAACUGUAUUGUAUUCAUUAAAAACAGACUUUGUAAAUAAAUAAAUAAAUAAAUAACUCAAGUUAAAGCUUUUUCUGUAA